GUCCUCUGUGCUACAGCGACCAAUAGGACGAAGGCAGUGAAUUUAAAAACGAGCCGCGGUGGCUGAGAAACAAAAUUUGUACCAAAACAACUGAGAGCAACGGGACGAGCCAAACGAGCAGCGAUUAGUACACACUGACUGAGAUACAAUGGCCAACAUAAUCUUCGCAGAGCGAGAAAAUGCAUGUCUUCAUCCACCUGCUUUGAAGAUGAGACAGCGGCUUCAGUCUGCUCCAGAGAAACUCUUGAAAUCUCCUAUGAUAGCCAAAACCUUUAAUACUCCCCUGCCAUCUAGUCGCAAGGCAUUUGGUGCCAUCAACAAAAAAAUCUCAACCCCUGCUGUCACCACACAAGAGAAGAAACUUGUAAAGCAGGAAACAAAAGUCAAACAUGCUCCUCAGACCAAAGUGGAGGAAUGUCCAGAAAUUGAGAAGUUCAUCCCUUAUGACCCACUAGAGUUUGAGAAGUACAGCAUACCUGAAGAUUUGAUUCUCCUCAGUGGCUUUGCUUUGCCUGGACUGGCCUGUUUCUCGCCACCUCCACAUAUGUGUGAGGUGGAUCUGGAACAGUUUGAUCCACUCCCAAACCUGUCACCUGUAAAGAUGUCAAAACAUUCAGAUUGUUGCUCGGAGCUGGAUGCCUUUCUUCAAACCCUUGAUGAGCUGACCAUUGAACUUCCUCCAGAAUCUGUUACUGAUUGAAAUGUUAAUGCAUGGUUUUUUGUCAACUGUUUGUUUUUUAACUGAAAUAAAGUUGUGGUGUUUUUUUAA